AUGGCUUCCUUUCGCGCGACCUUCUUGUUUCUUCAAGCCAUUCUCAGCCUAGCCUACGGGCAGGACACAUCCUCUACAGGCUUGGAGGCCUACCCAAACUGUGCGUUGGAAUGCAUCGUCACCGCCUUCGGGGGAGGAUCCUGUGCUCCCACGAACCAGACUUGCAUCUGUACCAAUGAACAGCUUCAGAACAACAUCACGGCCUGCGUGACUGAAUCCUGUCCGAUAAUUGAAGCUUUAUCAACCAAGAACAUCUCCGCUACCCGCUGCGGCCUCCCUGUCCGAAAUCGAAGCGGGAAGCAUGUUUCCACCUCAGUUAGCAUGUUCAUCUUCGCCGCGGUGUUUGUUGGCCUUCGAUUUGGAUACAAAGUCUUCGCUAAGAUAGAAUUUGGCAUGAACGACUGGCUCGUCCUCGCUUCCAUCGUUGCUACGACGCCUGCUAUCUUCGUUAACGUCUUUGGAACGGCAUCCAGCGGUCUUGGCAAAGAUAUCUGGACGCUACCCCCGGAUAAAAUCACCGAUACUAUCAAGUACUUCUGGGUUGCUACCAUCCUGUACUUUCUAGACACAGCACUGACCAAGCUCUCCAUCAUCUCCUUCUAUAUCCACAUCUUCCCGUCGGCCAGAGUCCGGCGCUUACUCUGGGGGACGUUCGCCGUCACUAGCGCCUGGGGAUUCGCCUUUGUCGUUGGAUCCAUCGUCCAGUGCCAACCGAUAAGCUAUUUCUGGACUCACUGGGACGGCCUGCAUAAGGGGCACUGCGCCUCCCCUGACGGUAUUGGCUGGUCCCACGCGAUAAUGAAUAUUAUCUUUGAUCUAUGGAUCCUGGCUAUUCCUCUCUCGCAGCUGCGGAAGAUGAAACUACACUGGAAGAAGAAGGUCGGGAUUGCUAUCAUGUUCUUCCUGGGAACCUUUGUGACGGUUGUGAGCAUCGUGCGACUUCCCUCGCUUGCUUACUUUACGUCAACAACAAACGUCACCAUGAACUUUUACGACCUCUCCCUGUGGUCGACAGUGGAGGUCUGCCUCGGUAUUGUGUGCGCCUGCCUCCCAACUAUACGGUUACUCCUUGUUAGGGUGUUUCCCAUCCUGGGCAGGACAAAUCGCCAGAGGAGCUCAGAGCAGGAUGCGUUGAUUUGCCACGCUCGGAGGGAGUAA